AGAGAGUGAAAUGUCACAAUGACAGUGUGCAAAUGCGAAGAGAAUCCGUGUUAUUUUGGUUGGUGAAUUUCGGUGUGAAAAGGCGUCUUUUUGCAUCUCCGCCCCGUCCCCGUGUACUCCCUGGGCCACCCCCGAGGGCCUCCGCCACUGAACGGCCACGUGGGUGCUUAGGAAGCGCGUGAAAAUCGCAUGAGAUUUUUCGCCACUGCGAAAGAUGUCAGCCGACUCGGAUGAGAAUGGAAUGGAAUCGUGCUCCGAUACUGAGGUCGACGACUACUACAAUGGCCUCGAGGACGGCGACGUGGAGCCCUUCGAUCCGCACAAGUACGAUCCCGAGUUCUUCGACUUCCAAUGCUACACGGUUGAGGAGGUGAAGAAGCUCCUCAACGAGGCCGUGGAGAAAGUCAGCGAGCUGCUGCAGCUUUCGCCCUCCCUGGCCAAAAUCCUCCUCCACGAGAAUGAAUGGUGUGUCGAUGGCAUCGUGAAUAAGUAUCGUGAUAAUGCAGUUAACCUUCUGGUGGGCGCCCGGAUAAAGCCAGUCACCGCGAAAGUGGGCGCUUACAGGUCCCUCAUGUGUCCCGUGUGUGUCAUGUACCAGAGCAUGGAGAAGUUCUUCAACCUCUCCUGCUGCCACUCCUUCUGCCGCGACUGCUGGGCCAUGCACUUCGAGACGCAGAUCACCCAGGGCAUCUCCACGGCCAUCGGCUGCAUGGCGCCCAAGUGUGACGUCCGCGUGCCUGAGGAUCUGGUGCUGAAGCUGCUCAAGGGGCCACACAUGCGUGACAAAUACCUCCAAUUUGCGUUUCAGGACUACGUCAAGUCGCAUCCGGAACUGAGAUUUUGCCCAGGACCCAAUUGUCAGAUAAUCAUCCGCAGCCAGGAUCUGAGCCCGAAGAAGGCGUACUGCCGCUCCUGCCAGUCGACGUUCUGCUUUAAGUGCGGCAUGGAGUACCACGCGCCGACGGAUUGUCAGGUGAUAAAGAAGUGGCUGACCAAGUGUGCAGACGACAGCGAGACUGCCAACUACAUCAGCGCCCACACGAAAGACUGCCCCAAAUGCCAUAUUUGCAUUGAGAAGAACGGCGGCUGCAAUCACAUGCAGUGCUUCCACUGCAAGCAUGACUUCUGCUGGAUGUGUCUGGGCGACUGGAAGAGCCACGGAUCGGAGUACUACGAGUGCUCCCGGUACAAGGAGAACCCCAAUAUUGCACAUGAGUCGGUUCAUGCGCAGGCGAGAGAGGCACUCAAAAAGUACCUGCACUACUAUGAGCGCUGGGAGAACCACUCCAAGUCGCUGCAGCUGGAGCAGCAGACGCUGGAUCGCCUCAGGGAUCGCAUCAAUGAGAAGGUGAUGAAGGGCCUUGGCACGUGGAUAGACUGGCAAUAUCUCUUCAAUGCUGCCGCCUUACUAGCUAAAUGUCGAUAUACACUGCAGUACACCUAUCCCUACGCGUACUACAUGGAGGCUGGCUCCAGGAAGGAUCUCUUUGAAUAUCAGCAGGCGAACCUGGAGGCUGAGAUUGAGAAUCUGUCGUGGAAGGUGGAGCGCGCAGAGACGACAGAUCGGGGAGAUUUGGAGAAUCAGAUGGACAUCGCGGAGAAGAGGCGCACCAUACUCCUCAAAGACUUUUUCCCAACAGAUGUAUAAC